AUGAAUAUUUUGAAGAAGUUUAUGGAUUCAGGGAAGAAGGAGUCCGUGCUGUGCUUUUUACCAUCGGGCGAGUUCGACUUGUUGAGGGGUGAACAGUCUCCCAAGUCCUCGUUGGAGUGCAUCCAUAACGAUGCGGCGUUGCUUAUUUGGUCGAGGGGACGUCUGCAGUACGAUUUGGUUGUGAGGAAAGCGAUCGAUGAGGCUGAAGCCGGCAAUGAUGUCGGUGACAACAGUGACUUUUCGGAUGAUGCAAUCAGCAUUCUUUCGGUCCAGUCAAAGAAGAAGGAGGAGGACUCGAUUUUCCAUCUAUCGCCCAAGCUGAACAUUAAAAAGACGUGGAGCAAAAAUGGGGAAGCUGCCCUCACCUGGAACAAUCUUGCCGGGGACGAGCCUGACGAGAAGGUACAGUUCGUGUUAUCUAAUGAGAUCCCAUUGAAGGAUAUGGAUAAUUUCUUACAAGUGCUGUACAGUUGUCUAUUUGAAGUUUUGAACCAGAAGCCCGCAAAGUUGGCUACCGACAAUGAGAUAAAGGAUAUUGAGCUUCUGGUAAACACCAUGACAGAUGAUGGUACGGAGGAGCUUUCAAAUAAACUACAGAAUUUGUUUGUUGUUGACGACAGUGCCGAAGAGGAUGAUGAAGAUGACAGUAAUGAUAAUUUCGUGGAUGCCAAGGAAAACGCAGUAAAGUCUAAGAAAGCAAAAAAACCAUUCGGAAGGGAGCAAAACAUCCCUCAGGGGAAACAACUGUGUUUAAUAGAGGCAGACUUGCACUUAUUUGACCCAAUACAAGAAUUAUUCAUACUUCAGGAACAACCAAUCAAUGUAUCACUUAUUGAGACGGGUAAGUAUCAGUAUUGGCUGUCCAUGGAGGGGAAGGAAAUUAGACUUGGGACCAAUGUGAGCCCCAAUGUCAACCCUACACUGGACGACAACAAGCUGGGUUUUAUAUUCAACUACACAUUUGAAAAUAUCACGCUUUCCUACAUGCUGAAGUUUCUCUCUGUGAGUGAGUACAAGUCUUUUAAGAUGGAAUGGACCAGCUGUCUUUGGAUGUUUUUGAAUAGAGAACCAUGGGAGAAAGUAUCUGAGAUGGAAAGACAGUACAUCGUCAAUGCUGAGUCUACAAACCUGAUAAAAGAUCUUGAUGAGAUACUAGGUUUUGGCGAUGACGCUCGUCGCGAAUCUGCUGAAGAUGAAGAUACAGAAAGCAGCGAGGAGGAGGAGGAAGAAAAAGGUCAUAAAAAGAGAUCCGUCCUAAUCUCUUCGGAAAGCUUUGGUGAGACACCGUCCUCCAAAUCAAGCUCAGGUAACAAAUCUUUGACCGUUUCGUACCGAAACAACAGAUCAUACAUUUUAAGAGGCGACAAAAUUGGUGUAUUCAAGACAGUUGACGAUGACGAUGAUUCCGGACUAGAAUUUGUGUCUGUUAUUAAAAACGUUUCCAAUGCCGAUGGGAAGAAGAUUGAUCCAAAGAAUCCAAUGAUGUACAUGGAAGAUAGAUCCAUUAUUCUUUCAGACGACAAGAACCUUAACAGGUUGUAUAAGUUGGAUAUUGAAAGAGGGAAAGUUAUCGAAGAAUGGGGUACUGGUGAUAAGAACGUAGUCCAGUACGGGCCAUCAAAGAAAUACGAUCAACUGACCGCGGAACAAACGGUCUUAGGUAUUUCAGAUAAGGCUCUGUUCAAGAUCGACCCUAGAAUAAACGAUGAGAACAAAAUCGUACAGGACCAGUCUAAGGAAUACGCCUCCAGGAAUAAGUUUAGCUCUGUAGGCACCACAGAGGGCGGGUACAUUGCCGUUGGUUCUGAAAAGGGUGAUAUCAGACUUUACGACAGAUUUGGAAUUAGAGCUAAAACUUCUAUUCCAUCUUUGGGCCAACCAAUUAGGCAUAUUUGCACCUCGGGUGAUGGUAGAUGGUUAUUGGCAACGUGUGACUCCUCGCUGCUACUUAUGGACUUGACUGUUAAAACGGGGAAAAACGCUGGUAACAUUGGGUUCUUGAAAUCUUUCCCUUCGACUGAAAAUGUCAAAACGUACAUCCUGAAAAUCAGUCCCGAGCAUGCCAGCUACAUGGUCACUUACACCAAGAAACCAAUCAAAUUUUCGAAGGCAUAUUUCAAUGCAGGUGUUGGCCAAGUGGAGCAAACAAUUGUCACCUCCACUGGUCCAUUCGCAAUUUCGUGGUCAUUGGAUAAAAUCCUGUCCGGUAGUGCAAAGCCAUAUACGGUGAACCGUUACCGUAGUGACGUUGUAGAGGAUAAUUUUGAAUAUGGUACCGACAAGAAGAUUAUUGUGGCGUUGAAGGACGACGUAUCUUUGUCAAAGAUAAAAUCCUUUAAAAACCCAAGCAAAAUGGUUUUGAUGCCGGAGAACAAUAUCAACGAUUUUUACGAGUAG